AUGGAGAAUUUCUCAAAUUCUCGAUCGGAAUCUGAGAUUUCAAAAAAGUUUAAUUCAGAAAAUAAUUUUGUUCCUAUGACUCUUAAUCCAUCAGUGUUCAUACCUGAUGAGGUUAUCGAUGAGAGUGUAAACGAAUGGAGAUUUAGUUUGAUUGGAAGGCUGGAUUUUGUGAUGUUGAAGAUUUCAGCUGCUGAAACAAGUUUGAGAAAACAAUGGACUCUUACAGGUAACUGUCAAUUCAUUCCUAUUGGUAAAGGUUUUUUUAUUAUCAAAUUAGAGAAUAAGGAUGAUAUGAAAUUAGUUUAUGAGGGUUUCUGGGAGAUUGAAAUGCAAUAUUUGAAGCUUAGAUUAUGGGAACGUGAUUUUAAACCUGAAUUACAAAAAUCUUCUAGUGCUUUUGUAUGGAUGAUGUUUCCAGUGCUUAGUAUUCAAUAUAGGAAAGAAGACAUUCUUAUGUCAAUGGGUAGAGAAAUUGGUAGACCAAUCCAUGUUGAUGCUACAACCCUGAAGAAAGAAAUUGGUUAUUAUGCUAGUAUCUUGGUGGAAAUUGAUUUGGCCAAUGUUAUCCCUAAUAAGGUGGUAUUCGAAUCAAAAUACUGUAAUUUUGAACAAGAAACCAGAGUAUCAAAAUUUCCUAAGUUUUGUAGUCAGUGCAAGAUUGUAGGACAUUUGGUAACAGAAUGUAGAGUGGCAAGAAAAGAACAUCAGCAAAGAGGCAAAAAUAAUAAUGUGCAUAUAGCUCAAUGGAGAUACACUCCAAAAAAAGUUUCAGUGCAGAAUCCUGGUGGUUUUGAUAUAUGUUUUCCUUCUUCUAGUAGUAAGAUUUUGUGUCCAAUAAAAGACAGUGAAGAAGUAACAAGUGAUAAGUUGAUGCAAUAG